CCAAUUUUCUUAGACAUGGUGAAAGCCUAUUACAAGUUCUCACCUUAUUCAUUAUGGGGUGUUGUUGCCAGUAGAAGAGUUCCUUCUGUAACUAUAGAUAAAGAAAUGGCUUCUCGGUUCUUUCAGGUGAAUUCUGUAGUGGUUGCCACAGCAGCAGUGAACCUGAUUAACUUGUGGAACAUCAGGAAAAUUGAGAAAGUUGCCCAGUUAGGUAAUCUACUCGACGAGGAAAUUUCCUCUUUACACUAUGCCAUCGGCAGUAGUUGGAUUCUUGCAGGAUACAACAACGGUAGAAUCCGGGUUUUCAGUCUCGAAACCCGAAAACUUGAAGUUUUGAUCCACUCUCAUACUUCUCCAACUACGACUAUUGUGGUUGAUGAGUCUGGAUUCCAACUCGCUUCAGGUUCAGGUGCUGGAGACAUAGUGCUUUGGGACUUGAGUGCAGAAAAGGGAAUUUGUCGUUUGAGAGGCCAUACUAAUGAAGUUACAAAAUUAAAGUUUUGUUACUUUCAUAGCAAACAAUAUCUGGUUAGUAUUUCCAAGGAUUCCUUAUUAAAGAUAUGGGACCUUGUUGGAUAUUCUUGUGUGCAGACAGUAGUGAGUACUCGAGGUGAAUUGUGGGAUUUUUGUAUAAUCCCAAAGUUGAAUAUACUUGUUAUUGCUGCAUCACAACCUGAACUAGAAGUAUUUGGUAUUCUCAAACCAGAAACGCGUUCUUUGUUUACAAGACAAGAAAAUGAUCUCGAAGAAGAAAGUCAUUUCAUCGUCACUUUGGGAAAUAUUUCACUCAAGUCUUCCAAAUGCACAGCGUUAUGUGUUGAUGAAGCGGGUUGUCAUUUGAUUGUUUAUGGGAAUGACAAAAGUUUACAAGCGUUUCAACUGAGGAAUUGGGAACAUGCAAUAAGGCAUUUGAAGCGUAGAAGAAAGAGGCAUCCGGAAACAUCUUCUGGAACGCUUGAUUUAGUUGAACAUACCGCGUUGUCAACUUUGCAGGCAGUUGACUUUCUUAUUUACCGGCAGACAUUGCAAGUUCCUCACCGCAUUCGAUCCAUCCAUUUGCUUCAUUCAAUAUCCGAACAACAGAAGCAUUCGGAAGGGUUCCAUCAAUCCAUUGUCAUGCAAUUUGCCGAUAAUGGAUUGAGUUUGUAUGACCUAUUGUAUGAAAAAGAGUCAGAUGAAGUUUUUACAUUACGGCAAGUUGCCAAUUUAGAUAUUCACGGUCAUCGCGGGGAUGUACGUAGUCUAACGUUCUCUCGACAACAAAAUUACUUGUUAUCCGUUGCCUCUUCUUGUACUGGAAAAAUAUGGCAAGUAUCCAACAAUCUUUGUUUAAGAACUCUAUCGUUAAGUGGCUACGGAACUUGUUGCCUCUUUGUUUGUAAUGAUAUUUUUACUGUAAUUGGAACCAAAAAUGGUACUUUGGAGAUUCAUUGCACUUUAACUGGAGACUCCGUACUGCAACUAGCUGAUCAUGAAGGUCCUAUUUGGAGCGUAUGUGAAUCGUCCGAUGAAAAAUACUUGUUUACUGGAGGCAGUGACAAGAAGAUACACAUUUAUGAAAUGGUCAUCUGCAGCACAACAUCAGGUACCAUUCCAACUAUCCAAUUGGAACCUAUUCGAACAUUGGAAAUGUCUGAUGAGGUGUUGUGUUUAAAAACUACACCAGAUGGAAAGCUUUUGAUAGUAGCCUUGUUAGAUUGUACAGUUCGUUCAUUUUAUUUGGAUUCUCUUCGUUUCUACCUUAGUUUUUAUGGUCAUAAGAUGCCAGUGCUUUCAAUGGAUGUAACGAGUGAUUCCUAUUUGUUGAUAACUGGUUCUGCAGACAAGUCAAUCAAAAUUUGGGGUUUAGAUUUUGGAGACCUGCACAAGAGUUUGUUGGGACAUGAAAACGCUGUAAUGAACAUUACUUGUCAACCAAAUACUCAUUAUUUCUUCAGUGCUUCACGUGAUGGCUUGAUCAAGUAUUGGGAUGCGGAUGUAUUUCAAUUGUUGAUGAAUUUGAAAGGUCACUCUGGAGAAGUUUGGACUCUUGCGAUAUCUUCCAAUGGAGAAAUAUUGGCUAGUGCUGGACACGAUAAAAGUAUUCGACAAUGGAGAAGGACCAAUGAACAGUUGUUUCUUGAAGAAGAAGAAGAAGCAAGGAUGGAUGAAGCAUUGGCGAAUUCUGUUAUCCAGGAGAGACGUCGAAGUGUCUCAAACUUGGAGGCUUCCGUGCAUCACAUAACUUUAGGAAUGGAGUCCAUUCCAGAAGUAGUCAGUGCUACGACAUUAAACCAUAUGGAUGUUGUAGAGAAUUGUGAGAAAAUUUUGGAAACUUUGCAACUCGUUCAAAAAGAAUGUGAAAGAGAACAAGAAGAACCUGAAGAAGCUCCAGAUAUUCAGCUAUUGGGACUGAGUCGUCAUAUGUAUCUGUUAAGAACGCUAUCCAAAAUAAGGAUAACUGAUUUGGAAUCUGUACUCAUGUUGCUUCCUUAUUACGCAGCUGAACAGCUUUUAAGUUUUUGUUCAGAGUUGUUACGUUUACCGUGCAGUAGACUCUAUGCCGACUUGUUAUGUAGGAUCGAGGACAAAUGGAAUAUCUUACACAAGGCAUCCAUCAACUGCUUAGUCGGAGUAAAAAGAAAGUUGGCUUCAAUAUCGCUGCACUCAAAAUGAUCUUGAAAGACGAAGCAGUGCCAAGAACAGUUACA